ACUUAGAGGAACUUGACUCUCCUCUUCGUGUACUCCUCUGCCGAAACAUCUUUUCUGCUCCCCAUUUUCUCUGUGAAUCUUUCAGAGGGAAUUAAACCAACCAUGUCUUUUCGCCAAUCCUCGAGUUACAGCAGCAGUAGUGGAGUCGGGGGAAGCAUGAGUGGCAGCGGAGGCAUGGGCUUCGGGGGCAGUGGAGGUCGCCAAUCAUUUUCCUCAAAAUCGAUGGUGGUCAGCAACAGAUCAAACCCAUCCAGGUCAUCCGGCAGCAGCAUGUCAUUUAGUAGGCAAAGCAUGGGUGGUGGUGGUGGUGGUGGUGGCGGCAGCUAUAGUUUUCGUAGUGGAGGUGGUGGUGGUAGUUUCGGUAGUGGAGGUGCAUACGGUGCUAGUUUCGGUGGCGGCAGCAACUUCGGUGCUGGUGGAGGCAUGGCUACUAUCACAGCUGUCCAGUCCAACCAGGCCCUGCUGACCCCCCUGAACCUUACAAUCGACCCCAACAUCCAAACCGUCCGGACACAUGAGAAAGAGCAGAUCAAGACUCUGAACAACCGCUUCGCCAGCUUCAUUGACAAGGUCCGCUUCCUGGAACAGCAGAACAAGAUGCUGGAGACCAAGUGGAGCCUGCUGCAGGAGCAGACCACCUCACGCUCCAACAUCGACUCCAUGUUCGAGGCCUACAUCGCCAACCUGCGCAGGCAGCUGGAUGGGCUCGGCAAUGAGAAGGGCAAGCUGGAGGGAGAGCUGAGGAACAUGCAGAACAUGGUGGAGGACUUCAAGAACAAAUAUGAAGAUGAAAUCAACAAGCGUGCCAACGUGGAGAAUGAGUUUGUUCUCCUUAAGAAGGAUGUCGAUGGUGCAUACAUGAACAAGGUUGAGCUGGAAGCCAAGGUGGACUCCCUUCAGGAUGAGAUUAACUUCCUCAGAGCCGUCUAUGAGGCGGAGCUUCGUGAGCUCCAGGGACAGAUCAAGGACACCUCAGUCAUUGUGGAGAUGGACAACACCCGCAACCUGGACAUGGACUCUAUUGUGGCUGAAGUCAAGGCCCAGUAUGAGGCCAUCUCUCUUGCCAACCGUCAAGAGGCUGAACAGUGGUAUCAGCAGAAGGUCACUGAGAUGCAGACGAACGUAGGCACUGCCGGGGAUGAUCUCCGCAGCUCCAAGAGUGAGAUUGCUGAGCUCAGCCGCAUGAUUAGCCGCCUCCAGAAUGAGAUUGAGUCAGUCAAGGGACAGCGCUGCAACCUGGAAGCCCAGAUUGCUGAGGCUGAGGAGCGUGGUGAGCUGGCCGUGAAGGACGCCAAGGUCCGCAUCAGGGACCUGGAAAAAGCCCUCCAGACAGCCAAGCAGAACAUGGCCCGCCAGGUCCGCGAGUACCAGGACCUGAUGAACAUCAAGCUGGCUCUGGAGAUUGAGAUCGCCACCUACAGGAAACUGCUGGAAGGAGAGGAGGAGAGAAUCAUCAACGGCGGUGCAACUGCAACCAUCCACAUACAGUCCUCAGGUGGAGGCGGAGGCGGCGGCGGCAGCUAUGGCGGUGGCGGCGGCUAUGGCGGCGGCGGCUAUGGCGGCGGCGGCGGCUCCAGCUAUGGAAUGUCAGGUGGUGGCAGCAGCUACGGAAGCAGCAGCUACGGCGGCGGCGGCGGCGGCAUCAUCAAAAUGAGCACCACAAGCUCCUCACAAUCCCGCCAUUAUUAAAAACGGCAGCUGUCUUUCUUUCCAUUCUUCAUCUUCUACACUUUAAUUCUCCUCCUCAUGUUCUCCUCCUCCUCUCCCUGACAACCACUCAUAAAUGCCUCAAAAUAUCCCCAUCACCUCACUCCCUGGAGACAGUGCAGCCUCAGAAACAUCCACAUUUGUCCGGUAUCAGCGGGCAGAUCCAUGUAAUGGAACGUUUGUUUUCUUUACUGGGUUGCUACUUCCUCCGGCACCACAUACAUGCGGAGAGUCAAGUUGAGGCAGAAUAAUUAGUGGACCAUCGAUCAGUCAGCCUGGCCGUCUUUUGGUGUCUGGAUCCGCUGUCAUGCAGUGCACUUGUAGUGUCAUGACGGAGGAUCCUCAAAACCCAACAAUACUUGCACACGCAAUGCCAACAGCAGUUCUUAGAUUAGUCCAGAAGGAGGUCUAGAGGUUGAUGUUCUUGCAUUUAUGUCUCUUCUGUUGUCUCACAGCGGGGACAUUUUGUUGUGCAUCGUGACAUCACAAAAGCAGCCACGUACAAGACUCUUAUAUUCAUUUGUUUGGGACCCUCUUUCCUGUCUCCUGUUACAAGAGAAAAUACUUUCACUUCCAUUCUGAAUGAGAAAUAAACUUGGAUUGGGCUGACUGGGAGAAGCAGGUUUAUUGUAACAUUUGUUUGGAAUAAAUCUGAUGUCAUAUACA